AUGGAAGGCGUCUUAUUAAACUUGCCGUUGCUUUUCGAUCGACCCAAUGAGCCUAUGAUAACUCCGAAAGGAGAUGACAAGGCUCUAUUCGAACUUACAGAAGAGUUUUUGCCUCCGGGAUACGAGAACAAUGGCGUCGAAUUGAAUAACCGUUUCGGUGACGACGUAGACAUCUCAAGAAAGAUCCCGAUCGAAAACUUAAAACGUAAAGUGAACUUCAAAACUGCGACGCAACUGCCUGUCGAUUCGGAUUUUUCGCUUUUCUUGCCGAAACACCAGGAGAUGGCCACUGAGGUCAUUGAUGUACUUAUGAAUGUUCCUGAAAACGAGCUACAACAAUUCCUGUCAACAUGUGUCUUUGCCAGAUCCAAUCUGAACCCUCAACUGUUCAACUACUGCUUUUCGGUAGCUUUGAUGCAUCGGAGGGACACCAGACAGGUGCCAGUCACGAACUUUGCAGAGUCUUUCCCCGCAAAAUUCAUGGACUCGCAAGUGUUCCAAAAGGCUCGUGAAGUAGCAGCCGUUCUCCCGCGAAACGUGCCACGUACGCCAAUCAUCAUUCCAAGAGAUUACACAGCAACAGACCUUGAAGAAGAGCAUCGCCUGGCCUAUUGGCGCGAAGACUUGGGUAUCAAUCUUCACCACUGGCACUGGCAUUUGGUAUAUCCGUUUGCCGCGAGCCAGAGGGAAAUCGUGGCUAAAGAUCGACGAGGAGAGCUAUUCUUCUAUAUGCACAGCCAAAUGAUUGCUCGCUACAACGGAGAGCGUCUUAACAAUGCUCUGAAGAGAGUUAAGAAGUUCAGCAACUGGAGGGAACCCAUCCCAGAGGCAUACUACCCCAAGCUCGACAGUCUGACAUCUUCCCGUGGAUGGCCUCCACGACAAGCCAACAUGUCAUGGCAAGACCUGAAUCGUCCUGUUGACGGUUUACUCGUUACUAUCGACGAUAUGGAACGCUGGAGGAGGAACAUCGAGGAAGCUAUUGCUACAGGCCGUGUGACUAACGCUGACGGAAGCACGCGGCCAUUAGAUAUAGACACACUGGGCAAUAUGUUGGAAGCUAGCAUUCUUUCACCAAACAGAGAGCUCUACGGCAGCAUCCACAACAACGGACACAGCUUCUCCGCAUACAUGCACGACCCUCAACACCGAUACCUGGAAUCAUUCGGUGUAAUUGCUGACGAAGCCACAACUAUGCGCGAUCCAUUCUUCUACCGUUGGCACGCAUGGAUCGAUGACACCUUCCAAAGACACAAGGAAUCACCAUAUGUCAGACCAUAUACUCGUUCAGAGCUUGAAAACCCCGGUGUCCGAGUUACAUCGAUAGCUAUUGAAAACGACGAUAAUCAACCGAAUACUCUGACCACGUUCUGGAUGUCCAGCGACGUUGACCUAUCGAGAGGAUUGGACUUCUCCGAACGUGGACCGGUUUACGCACGGUUUACCCACCUUAACCACAGGCCAUUCCGUUAUGUUAUCAAGGUGAACAACACCGGCUCCGCGCGUCGCACUACUGUUCGUAUCUUCAUCGCUCCGAAGUUUGAUGAACGUAACUUAGCGUGGGCCCUCGCCGAUCAAAGAAAGAUGUUCGUUGAAAUGGACAGAUUCAUAAUACCAUUGAAUGCCGGCGAAAAUACUAUCACUAGACUUUCUACCCAGUCUUCCGUGACCAUUCCAUUUGAGCAAACGUUCCGUGACCUAUCGGCUCAAAGCGGAGACGCACGCAGACCAGGUCUAGCUGCCUUUAAUUUCUGCGGAUGUGGCUGGCCUCAACACAUGCUAGUUCCAAAGGGCACCGAGGCCGGUGCUACUUACCAGUUUUUCGUAAUGCUUUCGAACUAUGAGUUAGACAGCCUUGAGGAAAAUUCAAACGUCGAGAGCACAUGCGUGGAAGCUUCUAGUUUCUGUGGUCUGAGGGACAGGAAGUACCCAGACCGUCGCGCAAUGGGCUUCCCCUUUGACAGACCUUCCAGUACUGCCGCGAACAUUGAGGACUUUAUAUUACCAAAUAUGGGACUUCAGGACAUCACUAUUCGUCUCAGGAACGAAACUGUCCAAAAUCCUAGGAAUCCGGCUCCCCAGGCUGCACAGUAG